GCCGCAGUUCUGCCAUCACUCAAGAUGGCUGCCCCCAUCAAGAUGACCGGGGUGUGCCGGGGGAAAAGGGGCAGCAUGAUAGUCUGAGACGGUCUAGCGUCGGACCAUGUGGAAGUUUCUGGGACUGGGGAGUCGGAUGAUGGGGGGUGGGGCCCGUGGGGGGUAGAGGGAGCAAUAGCGUCCUUUCUCAGGCUAACCCCGGCCCCUCCCCUGUCCUCUGGACUGAAAUGGGGAACACACUGGGCCUGGCACCGAUGGGGGCUUUGCCCCGCCGGAGCCCCCGGCGAGAGGAACCUCUGCCCAACCCUGGGAGCUUCGAUGAACUGCACCGGCUAUGCAAAGAUGUGUUCCCAGCACAGAUGGAGGGAGUGAAGCUCGUUGUCAACAAGGUUCUGAGCAGCCAUUUCCAGGUGGCUCACACCGUGCAUAUGAGUGCCCUGGGCUUGCCAGGCUAUCACCUCCACGCGGCCUAUGCAGGGGACUGGCAACUUAGCCCCACCGAGGUGUUCCCCACUGUGGUGGGCGACGUGGACAGCAGUGGCAGCCUCAACGCCCAGCUCCUGCUCCUCCUGGCAGAGCGGCUCCGAGCCAAGGCGGUCUUCCAGGUGACCCGUGGCCCCGCCUCCAUCCGCUGGAGCGGUCCCCCUUCUCCUCCACGGGUGUCCUGCUCUGGGGGCUCCAGGGAGAGGAGCAGAGGCGAUAGCGAUCGUAAAGCAGGAGGAAGGUCUCACUCCGUGUUCUCCCUGCUCCAGACGCAGCAGGCCAAGUUCCUGACGUGGCAGUUUGAUGGCGAGUAUCGGGGAGAUGACUACACAGCUACUCUGACCCUAGGGAAUCCUGACCUGAUUGGGGAAUCGGUGAUCGUGGUCGCUCACUUUCUGCAGAGCCUCACCCACCGGCUGGUGCUGGGAGGAGAGCUAGUGUAUCACCGGCGGCCGGGCGAAGAGGGCGCCAUCUUGACACUGGCUGGGAAGUACUCGGCCUUGCACUGGGUGGCCACAUUGAAUGUGGGAUCAGGUGGGGCCCAUGCAAGUUAUUACCACAGGGCCAACGAACAGGUUCAGGUCGGAGUGGAAUUUGAGGCAAACACAAGGCUACAAGACACAACCUUCUCCUUUGGUUACCACCUGACUCUGCCCCAGGCCAAUAUGGUGUUUAGAGGCUUGGUGGACAGUAACUGGUGUGUGGGUGCUGUGCUGGAGAAGAAGAUGCCCCCCUUGCCUGUCACCCUAGCCCUGGGAGCCUUCCUCAACCACUGGCGCAACAGAUUCCAUUGUGGCUUCAGCAUCACUGUGGGCUGAGGUUGACCCAGGGCCAGCGCCCAGCAAAGCUGGAGGCUCUGAGUCAGGUGCCCUGGGGCCAGAGACCUGGCCCCUCCCCAGAGCCCACCCGGCUAGGUGACCUCUAGGUCCCAGGAGCAGAGUGGGCGACAGGACCGCGCCCUCCUCAGAACUGGGGCUGCCGCAGGGGCAGCUGCUGAGGCGGUGGUGUGAGGCUCCUCCCUUUGCCACCAGCCCCGGUGUCCCCUUCCUGUGCUCUCGUGGCUCUGGACCCAGGGAGGAGGACGAAGGGGAAUGUCUGGCUGACUUCUCUCCCCUCCCCCCCCCCGCCCCUUCUACAUCUCCCUGUCGAUGAAAGCUCCUAGCUUCUUCCUCUUCAGAGCAGAAAAGUCUGCAUGGGAUUAGCUCCCCACCCUGUUUUCCAUCCCAGAGUCUCCCGGGGCUGGGAAAGAAGGGCUGAAGGGCUAACUCUGUGACCUCGGAAAGUGGGCCCCCCUCAAGUCCCGGAAGGAGCUUCUUUUACCUCUUCGCCCUGAGGCUUCCUCCUUCCUCAUCUUCUGUGCUUCCAGAGACCAACUUUGUCCCCGUGGUCAUCCCCCACUGCCCCCGAGACUGCAUGAAGAGGCAGUUAUUGUUUAGUCUUUCAUUGCAGCCACUGGGCUCCCUUUCUACUGGCCCCAACCUCUGGCCCCGGCGUUUCCCCC